UACAACUGCUCGAUUGAAGGAAUUAAUCUUCGAGACUAUGAAAACCUUACUUGUUCUCGCUUUAAUUCUAUGGGCUUCUAUGGCGGGGAGUUCAUUCAAGACCACACGAACUUGCCUGAUAGAAAUUGUAAUAAUUAUACUAUUAUGCCGGUGAUGAGCUACUCUAAUUUAAGUGCCAGCAGUGACUAUCAUCCCUUGUUACGCACCGGGUGGUUGUCGAAUUGGAUUGCUCCAGCUUGUGCAGCGUGCAACAAUAGUGGUGGCCGAUGUGGCUACGACAGUUCGAUGGCAAAGUUCAUUUGCAUUUGCCAUGAUGGAAUCGAUACAAGCAGAUGUGGUGGGAAGAAUUCAAGGUGGAAAUUAGCGGCAGGUCUUGCUGGAUCAGCUGGUUUCAUUGCUCUAGCAUGUGCUAUCAUCUUUCUCCUUUGCAAACUCCGAAAAAGCCAAAAUAAAUCUGCAUCCUCCAAGUCUCUCAGUAGAAAUUAUUCCCUGAAGGACACAUCAAUGAGUGAUCAUUUCCAAAUCCAUGUCUUCUCCUUUGAGGAGCUUUUGGAAGCUACUGAUUGCUUUCAUCCAUCGAGAGAACUUGGUGAUGGAGGCUUUGGCACCGUCUAUAAAGGUGAACUCCGAGAUGGUCGAACAGUUGCAAUCAAGCGCCUAUAUGGGAAAAACUACAAGAGGGUCGAGGUCUUCAUGAAUGAGGUGAAGAUUCUUUCCCAUCUUCGUCAUCAAAAUCUAGUCAGCCUAUAUGGCUGCACUUCACAACACAGUCAUGAGCUCCUCCUUGUCUAUGAAUUUAUACCAAAUGGUACCCUUGCUGAUCAUCUCCAUGGGAGCCGCGCUACUGAAAGGAUCCUCACAUGGUCUAUGCGUCUCAACAUAGCCAUUGAGAUAGCUGAUGCUCUUGCAUACUUACAUGCAGUUCCAAUCAUGCAUCGCGAUGUCAAAACUACAAACAUUCUACUAGACUGCAGUUUUCAUGUCAAAGUUGCAGAUUUCGGGCUUUCUCGCCUCUUUCCAACUGAUGCUACACAUGUAUCUACUGCUCCACAAGGCACACCGGGGUAUGUGGACCCAGAGUACCAUCGAUGUUUCCAACUCACUGAUAAGAGUGAUGUCUACAGCUUUGGGGUGGUGCUUGUUGAGCUUAUAUCCUCCAAGCCAGCCAUUGAUAUUGAAAGGGAAAGGAGUGAGAUUAAUUUAGCUAACAUGGCGAUCACCAAGAUUCAGAACCAUGAAAUGGUUAAAUUGGUUGAUCCUGAGCUUUGGUACCAAUCUGAUGAGUUAACAAGGAGGAUGAUCACCAUGGUUGCAGAACUGGCAUUCAAGUGUUUGCAACCUGCUGGGGACAUGAGGCCAACCUUUAAGGAGGUUCUUCAGGUGCUAAAAGCGAUCAAGAGUGCGACGAGCAAGUCAGAAAAGAAAGACAUGGAUGCUGUUGUGACUCAAGAUGAUGCUUGUUUAGUACCGAACAUUGAGGUGUGCUCGCCUGAUACUGUUGCUGGCAAGUGGUUGAUGGAUUAAUGGAGGUGGCAGAUGUUCUCAAUGUUCAGACGUUUCUUCAUGAGGUAUGUCAAUGUUUUACUCAGCCAGAAGUUCUAGAAGGAAGGUGGAGUUCAAAGUAAUAAAAAUAUAUUGCAGGACUCUUCCACCCCUUAACAAAAUGUGUUAUUUGGGAUCCAAAGACCAAAUAAUAAUAAUAAUAAAUCCGAAUGCUCUUGUGCUUUAAGGUCCAUGUUAGUAGUCAGAGAGAGAAAAAAACAAAUGAAGUUUUU